UCCCGACGGCCCUCAAAUUGCCAGAGUAGUACUUGCGCAUGGGUCUCACCUGUCACCGUAAAAUGUCGCUUCACAUCAUCAUCGUCGGCGCUGGAAUCGCCGGGCUGUCAGCAGCUGUCUCUUUGCGACGAACUGGUCACCGGGUAGAGAUCUACGAGCGCACAUCAGCAAACAACGAAGUCGGAGCCGCCAUCACCGUACCCCCUAACGCAUCUCGCUUUCUCCUUGAAUGGGGACUUGACCCAGUCGCCGAACGCUUUGUCAAGGCAGAUGAAAUGGCCUUUCUCGACCCUCUUACUUUGAACACUCUGUUUGCUGUUCCUCAAGAACAAAAUCGCGCCCGAUAUGGCUAUGACCUGUGGCUUUCCCACCGUGUUGACUUGCAUGCUUGGUUCAGGAGGAAGGCGACAGCAGUUGAGGGGCCUGGAACUCCAGUGGUGCUUCACUUGCAGCGUGCAGUUGUGCGAUAUGACCCUGCCACUCCCUCCAUCACCCUCGCCGACGGAGGUGUACUCUCUGCCGAUCUUGUCGUCGGAGCAGAUGGGAUUCACUCACUAGCCACGGAGGUGGUGCUAGGGAGCAAGAUUGAGCCAUCGCCCUCUGCGUAUUACAACACCUGUUUCCGUUUUCUGAUUCCAGCCGCUUCGUUGGCUGAAGACCCUGAAACUCGAUGGUGGCAUGAAGACGAGCACAGUAGGAAGGUUAGCAUGCGGAUUAUCACCCACAAUGCAACAAGUAGAAGGAUAGUUUCGUAUCCAUGUCGAGACCGCGAGAUCCACAACUUCGUAGGUCUGUAUCAUGAUCCUGCCAUGGCAACAGCCACUAGGGAAGACUAUUUGGCAAAGGUGGAUAAAAAUAGCGUUCUAGAAACCUUUGGUGCAGAGGUUUUCAGUCCUAAGCUGAGAGCUGUGAUUGGGAAAGCCACCGACGUCAAACGCUGGCCGCUUUUAAACAGACGUCCGAUCCCAAGUUGGCACCGUGAAAGGCUUGUUCUGGUAGGUGAUGCUGCUCACCCAAUGCUGCCCCAUCAAGGCCAAGGAGGCGCCCAAGGACUCGAGGAUGGUUGUGUUCUAGGAAUUGUUCUGUACGGCGCUUCAAAUUUAGCAGACAUUGAAAGGCGACUGGAAAUAUAUGAGAAAGUCCGGAGGAAUCGAGCAUCAGCUAUCCAAAUAUUGAGUAGUGUUGGCAUGGACCAAGGACAUCUUGUCUUGGAGGAUCUGAAACCCUAUUUCCCGGAAGGUCAAGUUCCAAAAACUCCCCCGGAGAUGGUGGCAUUUGCGUCUGGAUACAAUGCUGUUGCAGCUUCUGUGAAAGCUAUGAAGGAGGAGCUUGAUCCUAGUUUCGAGCUGCCGGCGGAGUUUUUCGGGCCAAGGAAAGGCGGCAAAUAA